AUGAUCACAUCCUUCGAACGCAGCGCUGCCCGGCGCAUUGCAAACGUUCGAUACCCUCUUCCCCGGCCGCACAAUCGACUCGCUGCCCCCGUCGCAACACGAUCGAAACGACCAGCGAGUGUACCGAGACUACCGCCAAUAGCAUCGAUUCAAUGUCGAGGCUAUGCCAAUGGAAGGGGGCCUCAUCCACCUGGAGGCACUCAUCGAAUGAACCUUGGUGGUGGCGAAGAGAAGCCAGCACUUGAGCAAUACGGCAUCGACCUAACAGCGCGCGCAAGAGACGGAAAGCUUGAUCCAGUCAUAGGUCGAGACGGAGAGAUCCAUCGCACAAUCCAGAUUCUGUCGAGGAGAACGAAAAACAACCCAGUCUUGAUUGGAGCAGCAGGAACUGGCAAGACAGCAAUACUCGAAGGGUUGGCGCAACGGAUCGUCAAGGGUGAUGUACCGGAGAGCAUCAAAGAGAAGCGAGUGGUAUCGUUGGAUCUGGGGUCAUUGAUUGCGGGAGCCAAGUUCCGAGGUGACUUCGAGGAGCGGUUAAAAAGCGUGUUGAAAGAGGUUGAAGAUGCACAGGGGGGUGUCAUUCUGUUCGUCGAUGAGCUGCACACUCUACUAGGAUUGGGCAAGGCCGAAGGCAGCAUCGAUGCGAGCAAUCUUCUCAAGCCUGCUUUGUCUAGAGGAGAAUUGCAGUGCUGUGGCGCGACUACUCUCAACGAGUACCGACAGAUCGAGAAGGAUGUUGGUGAGCCGUCGGUCCAAGACACUGUCUCGAUAUUGCGAGGUAUCAAGGACCGGUACGAGGUGCACCACGGAGUACGGAUCACGGAUGGGGCUCUGGUAGCUGCUGCUGCGUACAGUAAUCGAUACAUCACGGAUCGCUUCCUGCCCGACAAAGCAAUCGACCUGGUGGAUGAAGCAGCCAGCGCAUUGCGUCUCCAGCAGGAGAGCAAACCUGAUGCUAUUCAGGAGCUGGAUCGGCAAAUUAUGACUAUUCAAAUCGAGCUUGAGAGCUUGCGGAAAGAGACGGAUAUCGCAAGCAAAGAACGAAGGGAGCAGCUGGAGAAGUCUCUCGUCCUCAAGCAAGACGAAGCUGGCCUGUUGACUGAGAAGUGGGAGAAGGAACGAGCGGAGAUCUCUGACAUCAAGACCACCAAGGAGCAGUUAGAGACUGCUCGGGUGGAGCUUGAACAAGCCCAGCGAGAAGGCAACUUUGCGAAAGCAUCUGAGCUGCGGUAUGCUAAGAUACCAGAGCUUCAGAAGCAGCUGCCGCAAGAAGAGGGAGGUGAAAGCACUUCCUCAAUGAAGUCAUCGUCCGACGCGCUCAUCCAUGACUCCGUGACUGCAGACGACAUUGCCUCGGUCGUCAGCAAGAGCACCGGAAUCCCGGUAACGAAGCUCAUGGCCGGCGAAGUCGAGAAGCUCGUGAACAUGGAGGACUCGCUACGGCAAAGCGUCCGCGGACAGGACGAAGCCCUUACCACAGUCGCCAACGCUGUCCGCCAGCAACGAGCCGGUCUUAGUGGUGAGAACCGACCUCUGGCCUCCUUCAUGUUCCUCGGCCCUACUGGUGUCGGUAAGACGGAACUCUGCAAGAAGCUAGCCAGCUUCCUCUUCUCGACCGAAACAGCAGUUUUGCGGUACGACAUGUCAGAGUUUCAGGAGAAGCACACGGUCUCGCGUCUCAUCGGCUCGCCAGCCGGCUACGUUGGCUACGAAGACGCAGGCCAGCUCACCGAAGCUGUUCGACGAAAGCCUUACGCUGUCCUGCUCUUCGACGAGUUCGAGAAAGCACACCGCGACAUUAGCACUCUGCUGUUACAGGUCUUGGACGAAGGCUUCUUGACCGAUGCUCAAGGCCACAAAGUCGACUUCCGCAACACCAUGAUCGUCCUUACCUCCAACUUAGGCGCGGAAUUCCUGGUUGCGGACGAAAGCACCGGCAGCGAGAUCAGUGCGGACGUGAAGAUGCACGUCAUGGACGUCGUGCAGACUUCCUAUCCACCUGAGUUCCUGAACCGGCUGGACGAGUUCAUCAUAUUCAAGCGGCUGUCGAGAGACUCGCUGCGAGAUAUCGUCGACAUCCGGCUCAAGGAGCUGCAAGCUCGACUUGAUGACCGAAGGAUCGUGCUUGAUGUAGGUGACGAUGUUAAGGCAUGGCUCUGCGAGAAGGGCUAUGAUCCAAGAUAUGGUGCGCGGCCGCUCAAUCGGCUGAUUGCAAAGGAGGUGGGCAAUGGGCUUGCGGACAAGAUCAUUCGUGGGGUGGUCAAGAGCGGCGAUUCUGCAAAGGUUGUUGUGAGUGCGGAUGGGGAGCACCUGCAAGUGCUGGAGCCUUAA